UAACUCCACCCCCACGUUUCUAUCAGAUGAUUUGAGAGAGGAGAGGGAGGAGAGAAUUCAUACUGCCUGAGAGUUGAUUUAAGCGUCGGUCGGUCGAUCGAUGGGCAACAGCCUGAGAUGCUGCUUGGCCUGCGUCCUGCCGUGCGGCGCAUUCGAUGUUGUCCGAAUUGUCCACCUCAGUGGCCAGGUGGAGGAGCACAGCUGCAGCGUCAGUGCUGGGGAGAUCCUGGCUGCCAACCCUGGCCACGUCCUCAGCAAGCCCUGCAGCUCCCAGGGAGGAAGCACUGUGCGACGGCGCAUCUUGAUUGUGUCGCCGGAGGCUGAGCUCCGGCGCGGAGACAUUUACUUCCUCAUCCCGGCUGCAACCGCAACCUUGCACGAUCACAAGAAGAAAUUUCACAACCACAAUGGCAAGGUAGCAAACCAGCAGCAGCAGCAGCAUGAGCCUGAUAAGCAUAGACAGUGCAUGAACCAGGAGAGCCCAACUGAGAAGAAGCUGAGCCAGAGCCACCGUCAUCGCGGUCGGACCGGCAGGGUCGGGGUCUGGCGACCGCACCUCGAGAGCAUUUGUGAAGGCUUGUGACUAUCCAUGUAACUUCAGCACAAAAGUAACAAGCAAUUAGAGAGAUCAUUAAUGUAUGGAGUUGAAGCUCAGAAAAAGAAAGAAAGAUAUGUAGACUUGCACAUAAAUUAGCAUCAUCAAAACUAAAGUUGUUCUUUGCACAAAAAAUGCCAUUUUGUGCUACC